CUAUUGCUAAAAUCGGAAUGGGCACUCGGCGAUGAAGCUUCCUCCAUAUGACAAUUUAGUGACGAUUCAAGAUGGCUACGCAUCAGACGAUUCCCUUGAUAUUGGAUUACCAAAGGUUGAGGUGAAGUUAAGAGAGGACCCAGCGUGGCGUCCGAUGGAAGCCGGCCCGCCCCCCGAAUCACCACCGGCCUCCUCGUCGCAGCGACAGACGGACACCCCUUCCUUCACCGACUCGGAGGAUUACGACUGCUUCUCGGACAGUACCACACCCCUCUCGCAGGCCGAUCAGGACGAGGUGUUCCUCUCCCCCUCGGAAGAGGUGUCGCCUACGGACACCUGCUGGCCGCACCCGCAUCACGUUGUCAGCGGCGACGGGGCGCAGCCGUGGGAAGCGACGACGACUUUCCGAGUAGGGCCUCUGCAGCAGCAAACGCUUCCCGUCGCUUCGUCCAGAAACAGACUUUCUAGACGACGGCACAGGCAAACCCUCGAGAGCAGCAGUCAUCUUCCUUCUGGUGUGGCCCACAGGGGCGAUUUCUCGCCACCAGCUCACAGAGGUGUCCCACGGAAAUUAGUCCGGAGGAUGUUCACCAACAGCAGGGAGCGAUGGCGCCAACAGAACGUGAACGGGGCUUUCGCCGAUCUCCGCCGGUUGGUUCCGACUCACCCACCAGACAAGAAACUCAGCAAGAACGAGAUCCUUCGCCUGGCCAUCAAGUAUAUCAAACUGCUCAGUUCGAUUUUAGAAUACCAGAAGAAGAAUGAGCCCAAUUCUGAAGACGAUAGAACCGAUGUAGAAGGACGCCAAGAUGUUUCUUCCCCUUCGUUAUGCCCAAAGCCCAUCAAAGCGGAACCCGCAAACGAGGAGUCCUGCCACGAUGCUCUGUCUGAAGCCAGCUCUCCGGCAUCCAGCUUGAGUAGCGUAUCCAGCCACACAGAUGGGCAGGAGGAAAGAAUCUUCUAAAAUAGAUGGUUUUAUUCUUCUUGGUGGUUUUAUUCCUUUGGUUUUAGUUGUUACAAGCCUGUGAGAGGAUGGAUUCCAUUUCUAUCCGAUGUACGGACAUGUCUAUAAAAAAGGCAAAAUUUUCUUAACCAAACUUUUCUUGCGGAUGUUGACAAACUUUAUAAUGUGGUAAAGUUACUGACAUUUGGUUAUCACUCCGCGAAUGAACGACAGCUCGUCAGCGUUAUUCAGAGGUAUUGAGUUAACAGUGAAGGACAGCUUCAUCAAGAAUGUUAAGUGAUUCAUAAUAAUGAAAAAAUAAAUAAAGCAAAAUAACUUUGUUGCUUUCAGUUAUUUGCGGAAAGAUGAA